AUGUCGGGGAGACGAUUGCCCUUGUCGAGCAAUCCCAAUGCCGCCAAUUCGCCCUUCAGAGCAGUCGCGAAUGCAGCAUCCAAGCAGAAGCGAUCGUAUGCCACUGUCCAGCGUGAAGAAGCUUAUGGCCAACCACCGCCAGCAAAGAAGCAGAUGCUAGCUUCCCACCACCAAGAUUUAUUAAAGACUCCUCCACGUCAACAAUCAACACAAUCGUCCCUCGAAGGUCGUGUUUAUACUCGAAAGUCCAAUACCUCACAGCAAUCCUCAUUCGAGAGGCAAAGUGCUGCCGUAUCAGAGAAGCCACAGCAGGUGGUUACAAAGGCUGAGAAGACUUCGGGAGAGAAUUUGGAAACAAUCAGGGCGUGGCAGAAGCACUACCGAAAGAUUUUCCCAACCUUCGUAUUUUGGUUCGAAGGUGUGCCAGCGGACGUUCGCACCAAGUAUUCCAAGCUUGUGAUUGAACUUGGUGCACGAGAAGAAAAGUUCUUUUCGAAUGCAGUCACCCACGUUGUUACUACUCGAAAUAUUCCUCCCGAGCAUCAGGUUUCAGCUGAAGCAGUAACAUCGUCCACCAACGACUCCCAGUCGCAGAAUAGUCAACCCCAGACAAUCAAUCCAUCGUUGCUUGAUCGAUCAUCCGAAUCCACUAACGCACAAUCGGACUUCGGAACAAAGGCCAAGUUUACGUUCGAAGCCCCAGGCGGUAGGCGAUUGGCUUCUAACGCACAAGAUGCAGAAGUUAGGAGGAAUCAAGGACGCAAUGCAGACGUCUUGUACAAAGCUCGAGAAUUGGGGAUGAAAAUAUGGGCGUUCGAGAAAUUGCAGCGAAUAACGCGUGUUAUGCUCGAGGGCGACACGAGCAGUCAAACAAGCCAUGGGCACAAUACGAGAAGCAAUGCAACGCCUGCCAACAAUCCUCGUGCAGGUCAUGAUGCAGAUCUAUCUCAGCUACUACGCAAUGAGAGGAUCCAUGGACCAUCCGAUCGUGAUCCGACAGUAGCCACGAAGGAGAUAACUCUAUUCAAAGGACCGUUCAUUUACAUUCACGAUAUCGAUGAGAGGCAGAGACCGAUCAUGGUUCGCGAAUAUUCCAAAGUUGCAAACAAAGAGGAUGGCGAUUGGCCACAGUUCCGUAGUGUUGCUAACGGAAAAUGUCCUUUUAUUGAAGAGGUCGACUACAGCCGCCGAGAAGUCGAGAAGGAGAAAGAGAUCAUCAGGCUACAGAAGCAGCAGGAGAAGGAGAAGGCCAUGGUGCCUAGGACUCGUGCAGCUGCCGCAUUCGAAGCAGCGAAGAUGCAGCCUCCAAGACCUGUCACUGGUAAACGACCAUUGGCAGAUCUGGACAAUGGCUCGAAUCGAAGUGCAAGUGUCUCGAGCAGACAAGCGAACCCGUUUGCUCCCAAUAAAAGCUCAAUGGCUCUCAAGACAGAUCCCGAGGCUUCCUCGAGAGGCAAUCAGAAUGCUUUUGUUAGUCGGGCCGGUGCUGGUCGUUUGUUUGGAGGAGAACCAGUUGCCUCCGGACUUCAACCGUCCAAUCUAACCUCCGCUAUUCGUUCUCAGAUGAUCUCUUCCACUGCAGCUCAACCAGGGGCCAAGGCAGGAACCAGCAAAGAGCUCCAUGGCCUGCAGAGGAAGGUCUUGGAAAAGAACAGUGGGGGCCCAGGUUCUCAUGGGCUGGCAAGCUCCCACCGCAUGACUGAUGUUAGUGCUACUGCAAGGGACGACGCUCCAGCUCGUGUAGUGAAGAAACAAGACAAAUUGGCUCUUAUCGAAGAGAAUGUCAAUCCCUCUGAAGCAGAUGAAAAUGCAAGAAAAACCGAGGCUGCCCGAAAGGUCAAAGCAGUCCAACAGAGAAAGCUUGAGAAGAGAGAUCCCAAGCCAGGUUAUUGUGAGAAUUGUCAGGAUAAGUUUGAGGAUUUUGAAGAGCACGUUCUAUCACGAAAGCACCGCAGAUUUGCUGAGAGAGUCGAGAACUGGAAGGAACUCGACUCGUUACUGAAUCAACUUGCACGACCACUUCGCGAUUCCCAAGAUGGAUACGACUAUUGA